AUGCGUGACUUUGUUCAAAGAGUGGUAGAGAAACUCACUGUGGAGGAGAACAGAGAUCGAGUCUCUGUGGUCCAGUAUAGCAAAGAACCAGAGGCCCACUUCUAUUUGAACACUUACACAACAAAGGAAGACGUUGUGGACACCGUAAGAGGCCUGAGGCACAAAGGAGGGAGACCCCUCAACACUGGGGCAGCACUCCAGUAUGUCAGGGACAAUGUCUUUAUUGCCUCCUCCGGAAUUGAGAGUCAGGCUCCCAGGAGGGAUGUCGUGUUCUUGCUGGAUGGAUCUGACGGCACUAGGAGUGGAUUCCCAGCAAUGCGGGACUUUGUUCAAGGAGUAGUGGAAACACUCGGUGUGGAUGAGAACAAAGAUCGCGUGGCUGUGGUCCAGUACAGUAGAGAUCCAGCCGCCCAAUUCUAUCUGAACACAUACACAACAAAAGGAGAGAUUCUCAACACUGUAAGAGGUCUGAGACACAAAGGUGGAGACCUCUCAACACUGGAGCAGCUCUCCAUGGACCAAAGCAUUGCCAGAAAGGAUGUAGUAUUCCUGCUGGAUGGUUCUGAUGGCACUAGGAAUGGCUUUCCAGCAAUGCGUGACUUUGUUCAAAGAGUGGUAGAGAAACUCACUGUGGAGGAGAACAAAGAUCGAGUCUCUGUGGUCCAGUAUAGCAAAGAACCAGAGGCCCACUUCUAUUUGAACACUUACACAACAAAGGAAGACGUUGUGGACAUCGUAAGAGGCCUGAGGCACAAAGGAGGGAGACCCCUCAACACUGGGGCAGCUCUCCACACUCAGUCCAUUGCACACAUUGAUACAUUCUUUGAAUGGUUGUUUGAGAUUAGGGAAAGGGAUGACUGUCAUGUGAAGGAAGCAGCUUUGUCCUGUUUUUCCCUUACCUAUGCAUCAUUUAAUAAAACUAUUUUUUCUGAACAUUCACAUUCUCUAGUUGAGAGUCAGGCUCCCAGGAGGGAUGUCGUGUUCUUGCUGGAUGGAUCUGAUGGCACUAGGAGUGGAUUCCCAGCAAUGCGGGACUUUGUUCAAAGAGUAGUGGAGACACUCGGUGUGGAUGAGAACAAAGAUCGCGUGGCUGUGGUCCAGUACAGUAGAGAUCCAGCCGCCCAAUUCUAUCUGAACACAUACACAACAAAAGGAGAGAUUCUCAACACUGUAAGAGGUCUGAGACACAAAGGUGGGAGACCUCUCAACACUGGAGCAGCUCUCCAGUACGUGAGAGACAAUGUCUUGACUGCCUCCUCCGGAAGUCGACGCACUGAAGGUGUUCCACAGUUACUGAUUCUGCUGAGUGGUGGAAGGUCCUUUGACAAUGUUGACACUCCAGCUGCUGCUCUGAAGGAGCUUGGGGUCUUGAUCUUUGGAAUUGGAACAAGGAGCUCUGAUAGCAGAGAAUUGCAGAGGAUAUCACAUGAUCCCAGUUACGCUCUGUCUGUCUCUGACUUCACUGACCUUCCAAACAUCCAGCAGCAACUUCUGUCCUCUGUGGAGUCAGUUGUUAUUGACGUUACGCCAGAAUCGACAACAGAUUUAGGUAUGUGUCAUCACUGUUAAUUGAGAGUCAGGAAG